UGAAAGGCAAAUUAGAAACACAAAGGAAUUUCUUGAAUUCGAUGAUAUACCCGAUGAAAAUUGAAAAUUUUAUCUAAUAAAUAAUUUAUACAGCCACAAUAGUUGUGACUUGUGAGAAAAGAAUGGACAACUUUCACCACCACUGUCCUAUAAAAUGAAAUGACUGCCACCUAAAACCCUAGCUAAAGCCCUGCCGCUUCCCUCAAGUCUCCAAAGCCUUCUCCCUUUCAUCUGUUCUUCUAGCGAAUUGCAAAAAUGGCUCUAAACAACGCGAUCCGCAGAGCAGCUUCGAGAGUUGUACUUUUGGUCAUCAGGGCUUCCGCUGGAGGUCAAAGGUACCUGCACCACCGCGCCUCUCCAGCACAGUUGUUUUCCGCCGUCAACCGUCCCUCGACUAAUCUUUUGCGGAGGUCCCUUCCGUCGUUUAUCCACCGUUUUUCUACCAAAGCCGAGUCUGAUGCGGCGCUCCUCCGAGUUAUCGAAUCUGAGAUCAAGUUCGCCGAGGAGUCUGAGGGAGGAAACGAGCCAGAGGAGGUCCCACAGGAUUUCCCUUUUAAAAUCGAAGACACUCCUGGGCAGCAAACUGUAACACUAAGCAGAAUCUAUCAAGGAGAAAAAAUAACUGUUGAAGUUCACAUGCCUGACCUCGACACUGGCAAUGAGGAUGAUGACAAUGAUGAAGGAUCAAGUGGUCCGAACAUUCCAUUGGUUGUUAGAAUCUCCAAGAUAACUGGGCCUUCUCUGGAGUUCAAUUGUACUGCUUACUCUGAUGAGAUUGUCAUUGACAGCUUGGAGGUCAAAGAUCCUGAGAUCGAUGAGGAUCAGAUUGCUUACCAAGGACCUGAUUUUUCGGAUUUGGAUGAGAAUCUGCAGAAGGCAUUCCACAAGUAUCUCGAGAUUAGAGGAAUCAAAGCCAAAACAACCAAUUUCUUGGUGGACUACAUGACCAACAAAGACACAAGGGAGUACACAGAGUGGCUCAAGAACCUUCAGAAGUUUGUUCAGGCUUAAGUUGCCAAGGAUUAUUGAGAAAUUCUUCUGCUUUGGUGGAGUUUCUCACGAACAAGUUAUUAAAAUGUGUUAAUCUAUCUACUUUCUCCUCAAACCUGCAUUCCUUCUAUCUAGAUAUUAGCUUGUUUGGAUCCCUUAUGAAACUUUUGAACUUGGUGAGCUAGCAGUGGCAAAUGUUACAAUUAUGCAUAUUCUAUAUUGUUAACUGCACAGAGGGAAAAUUGUUUAUUGCGUAUGCUCUAUUUUGAAAUUUUUCAGCUGGUUUUUAAUUCCGUUAGCCUCGUUGCAUAUCUUGGCCAUGCCUUUCCUAUUCAUUGUGUAUUCUCGUUCUCGC